CCCAGCUAGGGCUCUCAGAAUCUCCUGUGUGAUCUUCAUGGUGAGGACACAUACACACACACACACACACACACACGCAACACAGGCGCAGAGGCAGAGGACAUUCAUUAAGGCUGUUAACCACCUGGGCCCAAAACGUGACAUCUGAAGGUUAACAUCCUCCAAGCGACUACAGCAAUCAACCUGACGCGUCAUAACACCCGCUGCACCAGUCGAGGAACUGCAGCCGCCACAGCCGAGGAGCCAAGGGGCUGAGCGACCACUGCCAGGUCCUGCAGACGGAAGAGAGAAGGUGGGGGGGGUGGCUGGCGGCUCCGUGGGGCGGUGCAGGCGGUGCCACCAAGGGUACCUGCUCUCGGCUGUGGAUGCUGCCCUCUGGGGACGGCCCGGGGAUGGCCUCGCCCGGCAUGCAGAUUAUCGGCUUCGUGCUGGCGCUGCUGGGCAUCAUGGGGGCAACACUGGCCACGAUGCUGCCCAACUGGAAGGUGAGCGCCGACGUGGCCUCCAACAUCAUCUCCGCCAUCACGCAGAUGCAGGGCCUGUGGAUGGACUGCACCUGGUACAGCACGGGCGUCUUCAGCUGCACGCUCAAGUACUCGGUGUUGGCGCUGCCCGCCUACCUGCAGACGGCGCGCACCACCAUGGUGCUGUCGUGCGUGCUGGCCGCGUUUGGCCUUUGCCUGGCCUCCCUGGGACUCAAGUGCACGCGCUGGGGGGGCGGCCGGCGCUCUAAGCAGCACUCGGCCAUGGCCAGCGGCGGCUGCUUCCUGAUGUCCGGCCUGCUCUGCCUGGUGCCUGCCUGCUGGUUCACCGACGAGGUCAUAAAGAACUUUCUGGACUCCAACGUGCCGCCCAACAACAAGUUCGAGCCGGGCGGCGCUCUGUACGUGGCCUUCGUGUCGGCCGGCUUCCUGCUGGCGGGCGGCUCCAUCUUCUGUGCCACCUGCUCGGGCAAGCGGCAGGGGCCCCGCGACCUCAUCCUGCUGCCCCCCGACAAGCUGCUCCUGCAGCAGCAACAGCAGCUCCUCCAUCAGCAGCAGCAAGACCAGCUCCAGCACCAGUACUGCUCCCUCUCCCCCAUGGACAACAAAACGGGCUACAGCCUGCAGGACUACGUGUGAGAUCAGAGACAAGAGAAGCAUUCACGCACC